UACAACAAUUCGCGUGGUGCUCAAUUAAAUGAAAUAUCAUGAAAAAAAUAUUUUGUAUGUGUUUUAUUUACGUUUACUUUUGAAACAGGAAAAUGUUUUUGUUUUGUUUGCUUGACCGAGUAUAUUAUAUAUGAAAUGGAAGUUUCUUUGUAUCUAGUUAUGGAAAGAUUAUUCUUUCUGGAGUAAGUAAUUGCAAGAUUUUCGUUCCGUGUAAUUAACAUUUAAAUUUGUUUUCUUGUACGUCGUAUUAGUACAAACAUAAGCAAGAUGCAAGAAAUUUUUUAAGGAUUUAAGAAUUUUGAAAAUUAUUCGGCUUAUGUACACAGUUUUGUUUAAUACCUGUACAUAUGCAUACUAUAUUUGCUUGAAAAACGAAUAUUAUUUAGGUUGUUUCUAGUUAAUUGGGAGGCAACAAUUUUAACACCCCUGUCAAUUUUAGUAUAUUUGGAAUGGAAUGCUAAAUUAUUAUUUAUAUAUUGUUAUUAUAACAUUAUCGUUUAAAACCUCCAGGAAGGCUUGUUCUGAAAAUCUAAUAUGCCUAUUAUAGCUAUCAACUACAUAGAGGCCCCGACAGUGAGUUUCGAUUUUCUAAUCGAUGAUCGACUUUUUUCGAUGUCGAUUACUUUAUUUCAUAUUGUAAGUAUCGAUUUCGAUCGAAACUUUUUGAUUGGACGGUCGUCGAUUUUCGAUUAUUUUCUAAUCGGCGCGGAAGAAAGCUGAUGUCCAGAAGUUUUUUCUUAGUAACAAAAUGUCCAAAGCAAUAACAAAUAAAAAAGAAAUGGAAAUUUUGGUCAGAUUGAUGCAGGACAUAGCGAAGGGGGUUUGCGUUAAAAGCCAAGCAAAUCCAAGAUGGGAAAAGUUCGCUUCGGAACUUAAUGGUGAUGAUCCUCCAAUGCGUACUUGGGAGAAAUGGUUAAAAGUAUGGACAGGUUUCAAGUUCAACACCAAGAAGAAGAUGUCACAAAAUAAAGUGGAACAAAAAGCAACUGGUGGUGGACCAAAUAAGCUUCACACUUUCAUCCAAUUGGGAGAAGCUGUAAUCAAGAUGUUGGAUAUAAACACCGUUGUGGACCCAUCUGGAGUUGAGCUCGGUAACUUGGAAUCUGCGCAGAAUAAUAAUUUGUCAUCACAGGAGAAUAUCGAAGAAAAUAAUGAACUUGAGGUCAAGAUUACCUAACAUGGAAUCAAUAAGCCUCAUUGAACUCCAAAAAAAAGUACAUCGGUAUCCAACAGCAAUGCACCAAAAACUAA